AAAAAUAAAAAUCUCGCCUGUGUAAUUAAAAAAAGAAGUCAUCCUCUCCCUUUCCUGCGAAACCUAAAACCGAGUAUUACAGCUCUAUCCCUCUGCGUCUCUCUUCCUCUCCCGCUCUCCUAUGGCGACUACCGAACCCACUGAGAACGGUACCACCAACGCCCUGGAGUCCGACACUCAAACACUUCCAGCCGAAGGCACUACCAACUCUUCCACGCCAACCGAACCCCCUCCCACUACAACCGCUGCUACCACCGAGACACCAGCCACGGCGCCAACUGAGUCCGAACCUUCCACUCAGAAUCCAGAGUCCGAGUCAGCUCCCGCUUCCGACCCUCCGGCUAUAGUCACUACCUCUGCCACCCCACCCGACAAGAGGUGGCCGGGAUGGCCAGGGCACUGCGUGUUCCGGAUCAUCGUGCCGGUCCUCAAGGUCGGUAGCAUCAUCGGCCGCAGAGGAGAUCUCAUCAAGAAGAUGUGCGAGGAGACCCGUGCCCGCAUUCGCGUCCUCGACGGCGCCGUAGGCACCCCCGAUCGAGUUGUGCUGAUAGCUGGAAAGGAAGAACCAGAGGCACCUUUUUCCCCUGCAAUGGAUGCUGUGAUACGAGUUUUCAAACGUGUCUCUGGGUUAUCUGAGACUGAGAGUGAUGCCAAAGCAUCUGGAGCUGCUGGUGUUGCAUUUUCUUCAAUCCGGUUAUUGGUUGCAUCGACACAAGCCAUUAAUUUAAUUGGAAAACAAGGCUCGUUAAUCAAAGCUAUACAGGAGAGUACUGGUGCUUCUGUCAGAGUAUUGUCAGGAGAUGAGGUGCCGCUCUAUGUUGCUGCAGAUGAGAGGAUUGUGGAAUUGCAGGGAGAAACUUUAAAGGUUCUCAAAGCUCUAGAAGCAGUAGUGGGUCACCUGAGGAAGUUUUUGGUUGAUCAAAGUGUUCUUCCUCUUUUUGAAAAGAGUUAUGCUGCACCUGUCUCACAAGAUCGCAUAGUGGAUGCCUGGUCUGACAAGUCAUCACUGCAUGCUGCUUCUCAAACUGCAAUUGCCACUGAAUAUCCUCUCUCAGUCUCUGCAAAGAGGGAUUCUUUAUUCCUUGACCGUGAAACUCAUUUAGAGUCUCAACUUCUGCCCUCGGGAAUGUCACACUAUGGACAAGAUCCUGUACUUUCUGGAAUACGUUCUUCAGGACUUGCUCGUGCCGGUGCUCCUAUUGUUACUCAGAUUACACAAACAAUGCAAAUCCCACUGUCGUAUGCCGAGGCUAUCCUUGGACCUAAAGGGUCUAAUAUUGCUCUCAUUCGUCGUAGUAGUGGUGCCAUCUUGACUGUACAAGAGAGCAGGGGUCGACCUGAUGAGAUCACUGUGGAAAUUAAAGGCACCUCAUCACAGGUUCAGACAGCUCAACAUAUGAUUCAGGAAGCAAUAAAUACUCAUAAUGAACCAGUUACAAGCAGCUAUGGUGGGAUAGAUGCUGUUUCGAGGUAUUCCUCUUACUCGGGCGCUACAUCUUAUCCCUUGUCUACAUCAACUUAUCCCUCGUCGACGUUCUCUUCGCAAUCGUAUGGUGGGUAUGGAUCUUCCAGUUUGGGAGGAGGCUACAGUACUUUCAGGCUUUGAGGAGAAAAGACAAGGUGGCUAAUUUUUACGGGUGGGACCAAUAUCUUUCCUAUUAUGUUUAGAGAAGGCUGGCUUCAUUCCGAAUGAAGCAUGUGUAAUUGUCACUAAAAAAAAAAAAAAUGGUUUAUGCGUUGAUUCUGUAAUCCAGUGAGCUGUGAUUUGCUAGUAAUUUUCUGGUGGCGAAACUUGGAAAGAGGAACGGUAAAUGUCAUGAGAUGGUGGUAAUUUUCUUUUAAGGUCUAACUUAAUUUUCA